UCCGUCUGGAAAUGGAGGCCAGCGAGUGCCCAGUGCCUUUUCUUCCCCUGCCACUCAUUUCAAACCAAUAGUGCUUCAUGAUGCUUCCACUGAUGCCAGUGUGCAGGAGGAGACUAAAACUAAAGACUUUGAUUUCAAGGAAAAGGAAACCGAGGUUAUGAAAAAGCUUCGAGAGUUAAAGAGUGAUUUAUCUAAACCAAGAAAGCUUUUUGCAAAAGAGUUUGAAAGUAGUGACGAUAGUCGAACUGACAGUAGUAAUAGUGGAAAGGAACCAGGAGCCAGCCCCCUGGAGUCUCUCCUGAAGCAGCUCCAAGUUCAAGGUCAGAUGCCCAACACCCAGAGUCUUGCGUCAGCCAUUGCCCAGCACCUCAAGGGUCAAGUUGCGAGUGAGAACAACUCCCAUGAUGCAGCUGAAAUGAUUAACCCACAACAGGUUCCUCACAGGAUGACAAGCGGACCUCCUCUUCCACCAACCAUGGCCUCCAGUGUUGUUCAGCAGCAGAUGUUAUCUCCAGCACACUAUCCAAGCAUGAUGGGCCCAGGGACAUCCUACCCUCUUGCAGUUCCUACUCAGAUGGACAGAGCUGUUACGUUCCCGAUGCAGUACGGCGGGUACCCAGGAUUACCUCCCUUUCAGAUGCAGUUGCAGCAGGACCCAAGGACAGGGAUGGUGAGCUGGGUUCCUGUCAUGCCCUUCUCCUCCCAACCAGCCCUUGGCUCCUCCCUCCCGAUCAGCCAGUCCCCAGAGUUCUACAGGAACACCUCCAGUAUCGCCAGUCAGCCAUUGUCCGGAUACUCCAGCGAUGCUCAAUCCAGUCACCACAAGUCAGAGCUGAAUGACUCCAUGAAGGAUGAGGAGCUGAGUUCAUCUCCAAAUCGGAGUCGAGUUCCGUCUUCUGCUUCCAGUACAAAGAGUGGAAGGGAAUAUGUGUCGCCACAAAGAAGAACUGUAUCCCAAACAUCCCCAGAUGGCUACACAUCUGAAGCUAAUGUCCUCAGCAGACAACGAUCACAGCAGUUUCAUAAUUCAAGUCCAGUUUCGAGUCAAGGAAAACAAAACGUGCAUAAUCCACCCCAGCAUGACUUUCAUGGUCGGCUGAUAAAGGAAUCCAGAUCUAGUCCUCAUUAUAAGCAUUUCCAAAGUUCCAUGAAAUCUAUGUCUGUGCCAGAUCACCAACCAGAGUCUCCAGGUGCUACAACUCCUCAAAGAUUAUCCAAUCAAAAUGUGACCAAUGAUGAUCCCAAUGACUCCCAAACCUCCUCUCCAUCUCCAUCAAAAGACAGCGGCGUGAGCGGCGUCCAAGUUGGCACCAAGGCUUACCCCUACACCAACACCGAUGCCAGUCUCAUCGAUAGGCUUCUCAGUCCAGAGAGCCUUCAUAGACAACAAGUUCAAGGUCGUGUCCUUCAGCUUGUAAGAGAAGGGCAGGGAUUUGAUAUGCUCUUUGAGCAGAAUUCAGAAGACUGUGCAAUGGCUGAAUACAUAACAUCACUUGCUAAUUUGAAGUGGGAGACGUUUGCAAGUGCCAUCACUGAGAAGUACAGUCAGCUGUACUGGGGGCAGGAGCUGCUCUCUAAACUGUAUGACAUCAUCAAUGCCCGCCCUGUCCAAACUAGUGCAUCAACUCGAUCACCACCUCCUCCUCCACCGACGAGAUACUCGUCCUACAAGGCAACAGACGACACAAGAGACCAUCCUGAUGCCAGAACCCAGGAAUGGAGGAACCGGUUUCAUCAUAAUCAGUUAUCUGAACCAGGCCACACUUCCAACGCACAGCAGGAAAACAGAAGCGGUGUGAAAGAUUCUGUUUUUGAACAAAGGGAGAGAGGUUUUAGUGAAAGAAGUAACCGACGUGAUCGAUUAUUGCCACAAAAGUCAGAACCACUGCCAAAUAAACCACAAAUUGUGACUAAAAGCAACUUCAGUCCACGUGACUCUCAACAAGCAAAAAUCGCCAUUAUGAGAUCGCAGUCUGCAUGUCAAGGAGCAGUGGCUCCCGGUACCAUCAGUGAAACAUCUGAUUCGACAGACACGGAAAAGAGGGAAAAGAAGAGACGAUUCAAGAAGCGUUACGAACUUGACCGAACCAAGAGUUCCUCCAUGCAUAAUUUAUCCAGUGGUGCAAUGGUGUCUGCGUCUGAACACAGGCGAUCAGAUUCCUAUGUAGUGGAUAUACCUGUCGAUGGUGGGGUUCCUAAUCAUGGGGAGAUAACUCCCCAAAACCGAGCCACACCACAGUAUCAGGACACUCAGUUAGACUUCCAUGAUGACCAUUAUCAAGACACACAGUUUCGGCAUAGAGAUUAUGUUGUGGACAGAACCAGUAGCCAUUCUCCUGCUAAAAGUGAGAUAAUAUCAGGGGUCAGUAUGAAGUACUCGGACAUUGGCCACCGAGGGUCAAUACAGGAGACUUUCGUUGACCACUCCAACAGGCCACCAAGCAGAAAGGCUAGCUCCUUAUCGCCGACGCCAGUCUUCAAUCUGGAGUCCUCCUCAAGGAACCCAAGUGUUAAUUUCGAGAAUUACAAAUACAACUCUCUACCUCGUGACGCCUUUAAAAGGCCGACGUCUAUGCCGUCACAAAGAGCCUCUUAUACUGCACAGCAAUACCACAAAUCUCAUCAGCCUGUUCUUGAUAGGCAACAGGAAAUAUCUCAACGAGUGGGUCGAGAUCAUGAUCGUAUGAAUAAUUCAUUAUCGAAUAUUUCCGGAGGGGAUAUGGUUUCAAAGUCAUCAUAUGAAUCGGAUAGUGAGACUAAUUUCCGCGAUAAUGUACGAAGGACAUCGGCAAAGAUCAUGCAGCAAAGUCUGAAUGACCGCCAAAUCUCCCAAGACAGCUGGAAUUCUUACCGUGGGAAUGGAAGUGUAAAGGAAAAGGUUUCUCAAGCUAAACUAAACAAAUCUGGUCAGAAAAGCUCCUCAGCUUCAACAUUACAUAACCCUAAGCGACUGUCGGACUCUAACGUCAAGUCUUCAGGACAACAGUAUCUCCAGGUCUACUUGAAAAAGGGCCAGGUGGUAUACCACUGGGCAGUCAUCCAACUCAGCAUGUCGUCAGAGGUGGAAACAUUUAUGCAUCAAAUUGAGCAGGAGGAAGACAAUCAGGACCUCCUGCAGGAGAGGUUAUCGGCCAUCAACCAGCAGCUGUCGGUACAGAGGAAAGAGAGGAAGACUUCACAGAAGUUCUACAAGAAGCUCACCGAGCCUGCUUUCAAGGCAGAGAAAGGUGUGGAUCAAAAGUCCAAUCAGGUGCUGAAGAAUUUGUCUGAGAUGACCAAGAAGAUACGGUUCCUGGAACUCUGCAAGACACAUUUACAGAUGUUACUGACAGAGCUGUACGGACUUGACCGAUCGUACCUGUACAGCCUGCUUGUAUCCCCUGACAACAAGCCUCUAGUGCUCCAGCCCUACACCGAAAACCCCUCUCUACAGUUCCAGCCCUUGCGUGAACCCCGCAGUGGGUGUGAAGUGCAGGUCCUACAUGCAGGGGAUCCCAAGGGCCUCUUGGCCUAUCUCUUCACUUCGUCUGCCCUGAGUGAUGGAUAUAUCCACCAGUUCCUCUACACAUUCCGCUACUUCCUGGCUCCAGAACAGCUGUUUGACUUCAUCCGCACGCGCUACAUUGCCGCCUGCAGAUCCAACCAAUCAGAUCGCAACAUUGUGAGGGUGAUGCAUCGUGCUGUUGACCUUCUCCACUUCUGGCUGGAAGGAUUCUACUCCAUCGACUUUGAGAAAAACAACACUCUUGUACAGAGGCUGGAAGCAUUUGUCAGGGAACAUGUGAAUUCCGCUGACCCUGACAGUGGGAGUAGUUUACGGAAGCUGAUGCAGGCAUGUCAACAUGCCCCCUCCUCAGAGCUGCUCGGGGAAACCAUCGGGGAGAUUGAGGACAACGACAAAACAACUACCUGCUUUGUCCGCCUGGAGACAUCCAAGAAGCGAAGCCGAGCGGAGAUGCUAGAGGAGUGGGACUCUUUUCGAUCAGGGACAAAGGUGAAGGUUACUCCCAAACACCGCCCGAGUCUACCUGACCUCAGCAUGGAUCUGGAUAAGUUUCGAAAGGCGCAGAGCAUGAUGGACAUCAGUGCUGCUCCGACCACGUUCACACGACGGGCAGACGCAUUCUCCAUAAUGGAUUUCUCACCCAACACCCUCGCUGAACAACUGACACUGAUGGAACAGGACCUGUUCAUGCUGACCCACCCUGUCCACUACCUGAACUCCAAGGCCCAGGGUGUGGGGGUGUAGCUGUCCAUGCCUGGGAUGCGGACACCAUCCAUGCAGAGGAAGAACCGGGAACCAGAAGUGACGAGUCUGUUUGUUUCCGACACCAAGUUCAACUCGGUCAUACAGCGCAUCAUUUCCUACAACCAGGAGCUUGCCCACUGGGUUGCAGCUGAGAUUGUCACGUGCACGU